GAGUGGAGCGUAUUAGGCUGAAGGAAGCUUAAUACCAACAGCGAAGACGAACGACGCAUACAAAAAGAAGCACGCCAGUAGACAAACCCUCGCUCCAGUCUCUUUUUCAACUCGCCCAAAAGAAUUUUUUAUGCUCUUCUCUCUCUCUGUCUCAAGCAUAUAAUUAUCCUUAGACACACUGCAUGAACGUGGAGAAUGCAAGAAUUGAUGAUUGUAUUAGGUGGAUAGCAUUCAUAUAGUCGAAGGGAAUGGGGGGUUGCUGUUGUUCUGCCAGAAAGCCACGUCUACAUGGAACACCUGUAUAUUAUUAUUGUCCUCCAGUUUUGGCUGAGCAUGAGUCAUUAACAUCACAAAGUGGCGCAGCAUCAGCAUUUGCUGCAGGGCUUCUGGUUGAUUUGGAACUGGAAGCAUCAAUACCAGACACUUUUCGUGCCCCUCCUGCACCUUUGCCAUAUGAUGCGCUCUUGGGGCACCCGCGAUCAACUGAUUCUGAGUCUGUCAUAGAAAGAGUUAGUGGAAGUAGUUUCGAGACAUUAGCUACAUGUGAAGAUCUUGAGGAGUCUGACUGCAAGACUCAAGCCAGUUCUUUGCUUCUUUCACCGAGUAAAUCAGAAGCUUCAAAAGCAAAUGAACCAAAUUUAUCAGUAGCAGAAGAGGAGGAUGCAUGUCCCAUUUGCCUUGAAGAGUAUGACUCAGAUAAUCCAAAACUUCUAACAAAGUGUGAUCAUCAUUUUCACCUCUCUUGCAUUCUGGAAUGGAUGGAAAGAAGUGACAGCUGCCCCAUAUGUGAUCAGGAAAUGGUAUUUGAUCACACAUUUAAUUAGUUGCUCAAUAUUUUUUUUCCAAGUUAGAAGUUUCUUUGCUGUCUUGAAUGGAAGCCGGGCAAUCUGGUAGAUUGCAGAUGUCCAUCUCUGCUUUGUUUUAUAGCUGGUCAGCAGAUGAUGCCACGAAUUCAAGUCUCUUUGAUUGUAGUUAUUCUCAAAGUUCAUUAAAAAGUGAUUGUUUUACUUGGUUAGUCGCCCAUGAUAUCAAAAUUGAAGGAACAAAGUUUUGACACAGUGAUGAUAGGUAACUGUUUCACCAUGCUCUUCUUCAUUGGUUAGAUUUUUGAACUGCAGUUCUCAGAUGGCUCUAUAAAGUAUUAAGGAAGAAGCAUGUAAAGCUGCAUAGUUGUUUGAUGAAGUUGAAUGAUCAAGGUUCACUUUCCUAGAUACAAGAAAUGGUCAGUUUUACCUUCCACUUUGUGUUGAUAUGCUGUGUCACUUGUACAGUUGCUGUUUUUUUUUUUUUUUUUUCUGGUUUUCUUUUUCUUACUUUCUGCUUUAAAAGGUGAAGGAAAUGAAAUUCCUUGUUUGCUGCACAUAUUGACUCUUUUAUGCUGUUGUUGUAUAUCACAAGUAUUUCAUAUUUUGUAUGGGCUUGGAUGGGGGAUAAUUGUACUGGGACAAUGGAACAGUGGAUGAAAAAGUCAUGAAUUUGCUUUAAGUGAACUCUGAUUAUACUUUUCAGGUCA